CACAGCACUCGGAGGGGUUCCCUUUUGCCAUAGCUACUCUUUGCUAUCCUCUUUUCCCAUUUUUCUAGUCACCCCAAAGUUCCAGUCGAGCACCUGAGAUUUGAGACGGGAUUCUGAGUGACCUUCUCAUCUUAAAAAGGAAAAAAGAGAAUAAGACGAUGGUGAGAGAAAAAUCUAGAGAUUGCAGGAACGUUCCGCCCACUCGGUUUUGCAAAGCUUAAACUCCAUCGUCGUCCCCUUAUCGGCCGUAUAACCAGCUCGCGAGAGAAAGAGAGUGAGAGCGAGAUGUUUGGCGUUCUGUUCCCAAACCGCAGCUUCCCACUCGACAUGUCGAGCUUCACCCAAAUCGACACCUUCCAUUGGAUCCUUGAUAUGAACUCCUUCGUGGGGGAAGCGUAUGAUCAAGUGAAAGAGAUGUGCAUAUUUCUCCUGAAUGGCUUAUCUCUCCCUCCAGAUAAGGCGCUCGCCGUCUACAUCCAGUCCCCUGGUUCGGACUUCCAGUACUGCGGUGCGGUUUACGCCGGCUGCCCUUCCACGGUGCUCCCCCUCUCGUGGCCGGAGCCUGGGGGGCAGGGCCAUUUGACUUCCGACGCCACACCAUUGACGGCGAAAAUUGGUAUCUCCGUCAUGGAGCUGGCGAUGCUGCCGGCGCUCAAUGGCGGUCAACAAAGGCGGAUUGAGCAGCUGGCCAUGAAAGUAGGAGAGAACCUCUUCAAUUUCAUGCAGUCGUUUUGUUCUGCAGAAGGCAAUCGCCUCGUCGUCCCCAUGGAUAUUCUGGACCGGUGGUUCAAAAAGUUUCAGGAGCGAGCUAAGCGGGAUCCCGAGUACUUGAAGAGCUUUGCUUUGUGAAGGAUUUCUUGGGUUCUUUCGUUCUUCUUUUCUUUUCUCUUUCCUGAUUUUUCCUUUUGGGCGAAGAACAGGAUUCUUGGAAGCAAUCAUCGAUUUCAUAUUAUGGAUAGGAGUGGUUCUUUCUUUGUGUCGCGUUUACUUGGAUCAAUGAAGACGAAUUGAUUUAGAGGAAAUCACAGUGGUGAGAGUUGUUUCUACCUUCUUGUGAACCUGGGUAAAUUCUUGUCGGAGAAUAUGUAGAAAAUCUUUGGGACAAGAGAUUGAAAUUCUUUUGUGA